UCUAAAGAAAAACAGCUGUUGCAACAAGUGCACGUGCUUGCAGACAUACACUUUCUACAUGUUUCUAGCACUUUAUGCAUUCAAACUCGGACAGAUAUACAUUUAUCCUUUAGAAGAAGAGGAAGAGAAGUAGGACAAAGUGUAACAAGUGCAUCAAACGAGUAGCUCUACCGCAUAUUAUACAAUUCUGCGAGGGAACACGAAACAGGUAGGCUAUCCUUUUCUUUGCUAGGCGUGUAACGGAAAACGACAAGUAGUGUGAAAUCCGGCUUUCAAACUGCAGCUACACAUCGUCGAAACUCGGCUUUGAAUUCACAAUAAUUCAUGUAACCCGUAACAUUGCAACCUAAAAAUAUAUAAUUACCAUUUUAUCUUGAGGCCUGAUUCAAAUUUUUCGUAAACAAUACAUAAAGAACCAACUUUCGAGCGUAAGAAAUAGUUGUUUUUCAAGUUAAUUUAUACUGAUUGAAUCACUUCAGAUACACAUCCAGUAGUAGAUGUGAUAAAGUUUUCGGGAAAGAUAACCCGCAUCACUCCCUCGCUCGCGUCCACGCGGGUAAAAUUUGCGAAAACACCUGUUGGUAGUUUUAAGUUGAUAUCAGAUCAAAGACGGCCAUGCCGCCUAAAAAAAGAACCAGAGCGGAGGGCGAGAACUCGCGAACGAAAAGAUUGAAACGGAUGGACACAGAUACGUCGGAGCUGAGCAACAAUGAGACACCGGUAGAUCUGGAUAUUGAACAGAAUAGCACAGAAAAGAAUGGAGAUCCGGUUGUGAAAACAACGCCGGAGUCUACCGCCGACAAACUUUUAUCGAUCGAGAAAGAGCUCAGUGCCAAAGUACAACGUAUCACCUUUCAAAAGUCGGUGCAGUAUGUUUACAAUCCACUGGAAUACGCAUACGACACGCAUGCCAUGUACGUGCGCAAGUACUGCAACGGCCCGAAGAAGGUCUUGUUCCUCGGGAUGAAUCCCGGCCCUUGGGGCAUGUCGCAAACUGGCGUGCCAUUCGGAGAAAUUAACAUGGUGCGCAAUUGGCUUAAGAUCUCGGGUUCUGUUGAUACUCCGCCGAAGGAGCAUCCCCAACGAAAGGUCACAGGAUUUCAAUGUACACGCAGUGAGAUCAGUGGCAAGAGACUGUGGGGUCUCUUCCAAGAGCUGUGUGGUAGUCCAGAGAACUUCUUUCAAAAUGCAUACAUGCACAAUUAUUGUCCCCUUGCACUCAUGGAUGCCAGUGCUCGCAACAUCACUCCGGCAGAAUUAAAGGGUGAGGGAUCAGAGCUUUUGCACAAGGCAUGCGACAAGUCCUUAGCGGAUGCUGUACAGCUCCUGAAAGUGGAGAUUAUUGUUGGCAUUGGUGAUGUUCUUACCACAUCCUAGUCCAAGAGCUGUAGGCAAUGGAAACUGGAAUGAGAAAGCUUUGCAGCAAUUAAAUGAAUUGAAGUUGAUGAAGUUUUUCAAAACUGCAGAUGCCUAAAACUUGCGCAAUACACAAUUAUAAAAUGCG